AAGAAAAAAACAUACAACACUGGGGAUUCCCCAGUCGUCACCGACCUGAGUACUAGUCCAGCGGUCGUCAGUUUAACGAAGGGAGAGCAGACGGGAUCCCGUGUUUUCUGGCGCCUAUGGUCGUAUGUGACAGAAGAAUGCUUAGCCGUGAUUCAUAUAUCCUGUUCUAGUUACCUACCAUGA